CUUCCUUCACUCUUCCCAACUGUAUACGUAUGUAGUAUAGUGUAGUGUUGUCAUCUCUGAUCUUCUUGUGAGUAAAAGCUUCCAUUCAUGGCUAAGAAAUCUCAGAAAAAUCUCAAAAACACUUCUACUUCUUCUUCCUCUUCCACCACCAAACGUAAACGUAAAAGCAUUCCAAGAAACUCACCUCCACAAAGAAGCUCAGUUUAUAGGGGUGUCACAAGACAUCGUUGGACCGGUCGAUAUGAAGCUCAUUUGUGGGAUAAGAAUUGCUGGAAUGAAUCACAAAGCAAGAAAGGAAGACAAGUAUAUUUAGGAGCAUAUGAUGAUGAAGAAGCUGCAGCACGUGCCUAUGACUUGGCAGCAUUGAAGUACUGGGGCCAAGACACAAUUCUCAAUUUUCAAGUAUCAAAUUAUCAAGAGGAGCUCAAAGGGAUGGAAGGCCAAUCAAAAGAAGAAUAUAUCGGAUCCUUAAGAAGAAAAAGCAGUGGAUUUUCUAGAGGAGUCUCAAAAUACAGAGGUGUAGCAAGACACCACCACAAUGGAAGAUGGGAAGCUCGAAUUGGUAGGGUCUUCGGCAACAAAUAUUUAUACCUUGGAACUUAUGCUACACAAGAAGAAGCCGCCACAGCGUAUGACAUGGCAGCAAUAGAGUACAGAGGGCUUAACGCCGUUACAAACUUUGACCUUAGUCAUUAUAUUAGUUACUUACAUCCUAAACAACAGGACAACGACGAUAGUAACAACCAUAAUAAAAAAGCUAGCAAUAAUCAAGAGCUGGAUCUUAAUCAAGAACUUGGUGGUGGUGUCACACCAGCAUCUUCGACAUUUGAUCUUAUCUUAGAAUCGCCAAAAUUCGAAGAAAUGUUAGAAAAUUCAUCUUCAUCGGUUGAAGAUAGUUACACUCCACCGCCUGUCAAAUCAACCAUUCCACGUCGGACAUUUCCAGAAGAUAUUCAAACUAUUUUUGAAACACAAGAUUCAAGUAUCUACACUGAAAAUGACGAUGACAACAUAUUUGGUGAGUUAAGCUCAAUUGCUGCACCAAUUUUUCAUUAUGGGCUUGAUGCUUGAUUAGAAGGAGAAAUUAUGGUUUAGUCGUGUACAAUUUUUAUUUAUUAUUUAUCAUAUAGUUUAUUAAAAAAAACAGAGAAAUGAGAGUAAACAAUUUAGAGAAUGGGGAUUUUUAAAGAGAAAAAAAAGAAUUUGUUAAUUUGAGUAAUUGUUUUACCAAUCAUUUCUUACAUUUGUGAUCCAAGAUGACACAUAAGAGCUUUAUUUUAA